AUGCCAGUGGCAGAGGCUGACAGCAGUGGAGUGAGGAUGUGUGCGAAGCAGGAUUUGGAUGGGAGACCAGAACACUCAGCAGGUAUGAAGGAAUGCAACUGGAACUUAAAUGUGCUGCAAUAUUAUCUAAUGGGGAACAAAGUUGUAGGGUCUGAUUCUGACGAUGAAUCCAAUCUCUGUCAAAUUCCACCAACAUUACUAUCAAACAGAAAUGAUGGUACAGGCACGGGCAUGGUGGAUGAAGACACUGCAGAGGCAGUAUCAUUGCCAGAUUCCCAGUGGUGGAUUGCCAGAUGCCAAGUGGCUGAGGGUAACACCUGCCAGCCAAUUGCCAUCAGCAAGGAACCAUCAAAUGCCUUGCAGCAGGUUGAGGGCAGCAUCACAAGCCCUGUGCAACCUGUGCCUGAUGCCUGCUGCAUUGAUUUGCCUGAUUCAGUCCAUCUGGCAGAUCCUUUGGCAGUGCCAACAACUAUCAGGAGAGACCAUAAACAGGAAGAUUCAAAGUGCAAGUUGCCCAUUCCAUUGAUGAUACCCAUGCACUGGACCAGCAUAGACAAUAUGAGGGGUGUGGAAGGCACCAAAGCAGCCUGA